CCUGGCGCUUCAUCCUACAUGUGCAUUUUUAUCUCAAGCUCCAUACUAUUCAUAGACCUCACGUAUAGUGAACGAACGUAUUGUGGUGUAGUAUAUCAUACGAGUACAGCACAUAAACAAGCGCACGCAGUAUAAUAUAUAUAUAGUAGCUGCGCUGGCAUUGGCAUAAUUCCAAAGUUGACUUCAAGUGCCAAGAUGGGUGCUUAUCGCUAUGUUAUCAUCGGUGUACUCAUUUUAGGAGCGUUAUCUGGGUACCUAUUUCAUCCUCCUGUACCGAAGGGCCUCUCGGAGCCAUGGAAAUACCGGCUGGUUCUUGGUGUGGCGAAAAUUACACGAGUUCUGGCUUUUGUAAAGUACCGAAUCGCAAGCCGCAACCAGACCUUUAUUGAUACAUACAGAGGAAUGUACAGAAAGCAUCGACCCAAGGAACUCAUUUCAGGCUCUAACAUUAGGUCAAAGGUCAUGAACUUUGAUGGGGUCACAGUUCGUCUCUAUGAGCCGAUUGAGAGGAAAGAGGAGGCAACUCCAGCCAUGGUAUUCAUGCAUGGGGGUGGCUUGGCAUUUGCAAAUAUUGAUGUGUAUGAUCGUCUCACUCGUCAGAUGGCUGAGAAAUUAGACAUUGUCCUCGUGUCCGUCGAGUACAGGAAGAUUCCAGAAUAUCAGUUUCCUGCUCAAAUAGAAGACUCGAUGAAAGCAACCAGAUAUUUACUGACUCAUGCAAGCGAUUUCAAAGUGGAUGCCAGCCGAGUGGCUGUAUCAGGUGACAGCGCUGGUGGUUACCUAGCAACAGUCAUAGCCCAACAGGUGUACGAUGAUCCAGACCUGCCUAACAUUAAGGUCCAGGUCCUAUUUUACCCUGGGACGCAAAUGUACGACUUCCAGACACCCUCGCACCAGAAAUGUUCGGCGCUUUUUGGCAACGACGGGAUGUUGACGCAUCAGACGCUCGCAUGGUUGGGGAGCAUGUACCACUUUGGAAAGGCGGACUUUGAGUUCAUGGGUCAAGUCAUGUCCAAUAACCACACGGCGCCCUCGUUCAAGCAGACAAAGCGCUACCAGAAAAACAUCAAUCAUAGUCUCAUCCCAAAAGAGCUCAUUCCAGAUUUUUACCAGCCGCCGCCCAACAACACGGGCAGUGAUGUAUUGUGGGAGAAGAUUAGGGAUGUAUACAUGGAUCCCAGACACGACCCACUGAUGCGGGAUGACCUCCGUGGAAUGCCAGACAGUUUCAUCGCAACGUGCGGGUUUGACUGUAUCCGUGAUGAUGGGAUCAUGUAUGCUAAGCGUUUAGAGCAAGCUGGUAAUCAUGUGGAAUGGGUGAAUUAUAACGGAUGCUUCCAUGGCGUGCUCUGGCAAGGAUGGAUUAAUUUUAAGAACGGUAAGCAGAUGCUGGAAGAUGGGCUUGCUUAUGCCAAGAUACAUCUCUGAGUCAAAAUUCCUCUCAUUGAAUUCGCCUUGAGCAGGCAUCUCGCUCAUGUAUACACAUACAGAGCGUUAUGACAGCCCCAACCAGCAAUGAUGCAGUAACCUCUUCCACAAAACCCGCCUACCAAAA